CCAGCCAGAGCCAUGGCCGGCUCCGAGCAGCGCGUCGUCGCCGUCAUCAUGGUCGGCGGCCCCACCAAGGGCACGCGGUUCCGGCCGCUGUCGCUCAACGUGCCCAAGCCGCUCUUCCCGCUCGCCGGCCAGCCCAUGGUGCACCACCCCAUCUCCGCCUGCCGCCGCAUCCCCAACCUGGCGCAGAUAUACCUCAUCGGCUUCUACGAGGAGCGGGAGUUCGCGCUCUACGUCUCAUCCAUCUCCAACGAGCUCAGGAUCCCCGUCAGGUACCUGAGAGAGGACAAGCCGCACGGGUCCGCCGGGGGCCUCUACAGCUUCAGGGAUUACAUCAUGGAGGACAGUCCGUCACACAUUGUUUUGCUCAACUGCGAUGUCUGUUCAAGCUUCCCCCUGCCCGAAAUGCUCGAGGCCCAUAAAAGGUACGGUGGAAUGGGCACUUUGCUAGUCAAUAAGGUAUCUGCAGAGUCAGCUAACCAGUUUGGCGAGUUAGUAGCCGAUCCUGAGACAAACGAACUAUUGCACUAUACGGAGAAGCCAGAGACUUUUGUCAGUGAUCUCAUCAACUGUGGUGUAUAUAUAUUUACACCCAAUAUCUUCAAUGCCAUCGAGGAUGUCCUAAAACAGAAGAAAGACAGAGCUAAUAUUCGCCGUGUAUCUAGCUUCGAAGCUCUUCAAUCUGCAAUGAAGGCACUUCCGGCAGAUUAUGUUAGGUUAGAUCAAGAUAUUUUAUCCCCUCUAGCAGGAAAGAAGGAACUUUACACAUACCAGACACUUGAUUUUUGGGAACAGAUAAAGACCCCAGGGAUGUCUUUGAGAUGCUCUGGUCUAUAUCUUUCCCAGUUUCGCCAUACCUCUCCUCAUCUUUUAGCCUCUGGAGAUGGCAAAAAGAGUGCCACUAUUAUAGGCGACGUGUACAUCCAUCCAUCUGCAAAGGUGCAUCCAACUGCAAAGAUUGGUCCCAAUGUCUCAUUAUCAGCAAAUGCACGCAUUGGAGCGGGUGCCAGGCUUAUCAAUUGCAUCAUUCUAGAUGAUGUUGAAAUUAUGGAUAAUGCAGUUGUUAUACAUUCAAUAGUGGGUUGGAAGUCAACAAUAGGAAAAUGGUCACGUGUACAGGGUGAAGGUGACCACAAUGCCAAACUUGGUAUCACCAUUCUUGGUGAAGCCGUUGAUGUUGAAGAUGAAGUAGUUGUAACUAACAGCAUUGUGCUCCCAAAUAAAACUCUCAAUGUUAGUGUGCAAGAGGAGAUCAUCCUAUAAAACACCAUUCAUUAUUCAUAUUUAUAUUUAAUCGCAAAUAAGGUCUUCAUACCGGACAUGUAAUUUCCCAGUUUUCUUCUUUGUUUCCUCCAUGUAAGCUCCCAUUAGAUUGAGAUCAUUAGUCUGUACUUAGCCUUCGAUACAAUAUGGUGUAAUUUUGUUUACCAUUCUGGUGUCAAUUUUACGGAUGUAGAAACUAUACAAACAGAUCACAGCAUUUUUUGUUUGCUGAGAAUGGAAGUUCUUAAAUUUGGAUCGAACAUGA